GGAGGAUAUUGUCGUGGUUAACAUCACAGAUCUGCGGAGUGAUGCCAUCAUCAUACGCCGACGUUCAAUUCACAAUGUUCACCUUCCGAACCUGGAUGAGGAUGCCCUUUCGGAGAAGAGCUGGGAGAUUCAAGCUCGAUUGGCAAAGGAAUCGGGCCAAGAAGACGUCUUUCCCGAACUGCACAGGCUGCUGACAGAAUUUCUUCGCGAUUUGUGGAAGAACCUUGUGCAACCGGUGAUGGAUUUCUUGGGCUACACAUCUUCACCGGCAUCACGACAAGAGUAGCCACACGUCCGCUGGAUACCCACCGGCGUUUUGUGUCUCUACCCCAUUCACGCAGCUGGUCUGGGCCUCCACAAGACUUCAAACACAAUGGACAGGGUCAUCUCAACAUAUGCAACUAGCCUGUCUAGCCUCUACCACAUCAAGCAGCGGAAGGAGAGGCUGGGCGAGGCAACGAAACAGCUUGGGAAUGAUCACGCGUCUGGCCCGGGAAAUCCAAUUGCCUUGGUCUUUUCCAUGCCAGAGACACCGGAGCAAGGAUCUCUGAAACAGUCUCCGGAGGAGGUGGCGGCAAUAACGACAGUGUUCCCGUCCUCUCAAAUCCUUACUGGUUCAACAACUCAGGACGUCUUGUCUGCAUUGGCAACUCAGCCCGAGAUCGUUCACUUCUCCUGCCACGGGCUCGUCGACUAUAACUUCCCCACACAGAGCCUGCUGCUUACUUCAGACUGGGAAACCGAUCCCCUCACCACAGCCUGCCUCCAAGCUCUCAACUCCAGGCCUUCCAAGCCGCAUUCGGGAUCUCGCUUAGUCUUUCUCUCCGUAUGCUUCACAGCGAACGGAGGCGUCGAAAACCAGCAAGACGAAAGCAUCCACUUGGCCAGUUCGGUGCGGCAUACUGGCUUUUCGAACGUGGUGGGGUCGACGUGGUUUGUAGAGCAAGGUGCUGCACUUGCAGUGGUAGAAAGAGCUGCAACACCGUAA